AUGAAACUUAACAUCGCCAACCCCGCGACCGGGUGCCAAAAGGUCCUUGAGGUCGAUGACGAGCAGAAGUUGAAGCACUUCUACGACAAGCGCAUGGCCCAGGAAGUCAGCGCUGAUCACCUCGGACCCGAGUGGGCCGGAUACGUUGUCCGAAUCACUGGCGGUAACGACAAGCAGGGCUUCCCCAUGAAACAGGGUGUCGCCUCUGUCGGUCGAGUUAAGCUCCUCCUCUCCAAGGGCCAGUCCUGCUACAACCCAAGCCGCACUGGUGAGCGAAAGCGAAAGUCUGUCCGAGGUUGCAUCGUCAAUCACAACCUCUCCAUCCUCAACCUCAUGAUCGUCAAGAAGGGUGAGGGCGAGAUCGAGGGUCUCACCGACAAGACCAUCCCCCGACGACUUGGUCCCAAGCGAGCCAACAACAUCCGAAAGCUCUUCGGUUUGGACAAGUCCGACCCCGUCACCAAGUACGUCGUCCACCGAACCAUCGAGAAGGAGGGCAAGAAGGCCAAGAAGGUUGCCCCCAAGGUCCAGCGACUCAUCACUCCCAACCGAAUCCAGCGCAAGCGAAAGCGAUUGGCAGACAAGCGAGACCGAUACCAGGCCGCCCAGAAGGCCGAGGCUGAAUACCGAAAGCUCCUCAACCAGCGACAGAAGGAAGCCAAGGAAAAGAAGAAGGAGCGAAGACGAUCCUCCCUCUCCAAAUCCAAGACCUCCGUCAGCGGAAACUAA